AUUUGGUUCUUUUGGGCAACAACAGCAGCAGCAACCAGAGGUCAUCACGUUUGAUGGAUCUGUUCCAACACCACCUAGGGAUUCAGAUCUAUUUGGUUUAUGGGAUGCUUGCAACACAGUGGUCUUGUGCUGGAUUCAGAACUCAAUGACUAAGGAGCUGAGAAGAGCUGUCCUGAAUCACAACAACUCGAAGACCUUGCGGG